AAGUUCGGAAUAAGCCCUCGUUUGACAGCACCCAAGUGACGUGACUAGACCGUGAUCGGUCCGAUCACCUGUCAACCCGUCUUUGACCCGAACGACCAUGUCCAAAAAGCCGCCCACCGAUCUCAAGAGCGUCCUCCAGAACGAAAUCAAAGAGUGGCAUUUCCAUAUCUACUUCCAUCAGGGCAACGCGGAGGAACAGCACUACGCUCUCGAGCUCCGUGAUGCUGUGCUGCGGCUGCGCCGGGACGGGGCCUUCAUCGCCGUGCCGCUCUUCCGCGUUAACACCGAUCCUAUCGGCCCGCACCCCGCCGGUAAGCACGAUGUCCAACUCGAACGCGUUGAGAAUCUCAACCCUGCCGGAUCUUGCUCGUAUGAGGUCUGGGCGCCCUCCGAGACGUUCGCGUCGCUGUUCUCGUACUUGGCGCUCCACCGCGGACCGCUGAGCAUCCUCGUCCACCCGCUGACCCGUGAAGAGGUAAGCGUCUAUCCCGCGUUGGAGUCCCGCUCACAGUUCUCUCCUGGCAGCUCGCGUAAGAUUUCGCCAGCGCAUGCUACCGAUGUCGCCAUUGAUCCACCUUCUGUUCUGACUGAUGACUGCAGAGACCAUCAAAUCCGAAGCGCGUGGAUCGGGCCCUCUUGGCCGCUUGAUCUGAGCAAGCUCCCCGUGCGGAGCGAGACGAUUCCGCUGCAAUACCCCAGCUUGAAGGUCGGCUACUCGUCAAACGUCCCGUUCAUGAACCUGGAGGAUCGCGCGAUUCUGGGGGCAAACGUGGAGAAGAUGCUGCUCAAGGAGAAGGACGCGGCGCGCGCGCCGGUCCCUUGAGCGUACCAGCUACUACCAUCUACUCGGGGUUGACUCGAGGGCGUGGGUUUUCCGUGUUGCGAGGCUACCGCCUUCGAAAUGAUAACGUUUUUACGGCGUGCUCACCCGAUCCGCCAGUGAAAUUGAGGCUGCUCCCAUCACCCAGUGAACUCAA